CUAAGCACAAGUCUGUAACCUCAGACUUCAUUUUACACUGAGCGGAGCAAAUACACAAUUAAAUGAUGAGGAUUUUAUUACUGCUCUGUGUGAUGAACAUGCUGCGGUGGACGGAGGCUCAGGAAAAAACAUACCUCAUCACAGCACCCAAACUGUGGCGAGUUGAUGCUAUGGAGACCGUGCUGGUUCAUUUGAUUGGUUAUGAACAGGAGACCACCGUAAGGCUCAUCCUGAAGUCCUCUCUCCUCCUGUGCGCCAAAACAUACGCAUCAGAGAGUGUGAUCCUCAAUGCUCAGAAUCAAUUCCUAGCUUCCACUACUCUACGGAUAUACCCAAAAGACAUCAGCAAAGAGCAGACUGAGGUCUAUCUAGAGGCAGUAUCCAGCUCCUUCUCCACCAGACAGAAAAUACCAGUCACUCGUCAGAAUGGCUUUCUGUUUAUCCAGACUGACAAACCGCUAUACACUCCUGAACAGAAGGUUGAAGUUCGUGUGUACUCUCUCAACGCGGAAUUGAGAAAGUCCAGCAGAGCGGUCUCCCUCACGUUCAUUGACCCUGAAGGCACCAAGAUGGAAGUUAUUGAAGUAGCAGACAUCAAUGGUGUCAAACCACUGCUUCCACCAUUUAAAAUACCACUGAAACCCAUUUUCGGGGUCUGGAAAAUAGAAGCUGCCUACACUAAUGACUUCAGUACAACUGCUACAGCUGAAUUUGAAAUCAAAGAAUACGUGUUACCCAGCAUCUCAGUGCGAAUCCAGCCGGAGGAUAACUACGUCAGCAUAGUGAACUUUGAGGCCUUCAAGAUCAAUAUAUUUGCCAAAUAUGUGAGUGGGACACCAGUUGAUUCAGCUGAGGUCUUCCUAAAGUUUGGAUACAUCAGUAACAACGUUAUAGUAAUGCUACCUUCAACACUGAUGCGUUAUACGAUGUAUAAAGGAGAACUGAGUGUUGAACUGGACAUUAAAAGUGCUUUGUCCAAGAUGGACUCUGGGCCUAUGACCUUGCGGGAUAUGAACAACCAUUUCCUUCAUGUGGUCGUUUUGCUGCAAGAAUCAACUGGUGGAAUCUCCCAGGAAGCAAUAUUGUCCAAUGUGAAGUUUGCUAAUGCCCCUUUUACCUUGAGUCUGAUUGCAACUCCUCCUUUCAUCAAGCCAACUUUACCAUACAGCAUCCGAGUCUUGGUGAAAGACCCUCUAGGUGAACCGGUGAGUGGAGUAGGAGUGAAAAUGAGGGGAACUUUAACAAACACUAAUCAAGAACAGGAGCCGAUACGAUUCCAAGGAUUCCUGAAUGAAAUAACUCAUUCAUCCCAGAAGGACGGGGUUGUAUAUUUUAUUUGGAACACUCCUGGACAUGCAGCAAAAGCUGAUUUUACUUUCGAGACCGCUGACCCGCAGUACCCUCCAGAAAGCCAGGCUCAGCUUCAACUCAAAACUGAAGUCUACCAAUCUGUCAAUCAACGCUUUCUGUACAUCGAUUUACCCUCUGAGUUAUCUUCAUUUGAGGUGGACAGCUAUGCAAAUAUCAAGAUCUACUUUUCUUAUCGUGAUUAUUUGCCACUGAAGUCUUUCAAUUAUCAGAUUGUCUCAAAAGGCAAAGUUGUGAAGUUUGCUACAGUCCAGCGAGUAAGUGAGAAGAGCCAGAACAUCAACUUCAAGGUGACGGCUGAUAUGGUACCAUCUGCCCGCCUGCUGGUCUAUUACAUCCUGUCUGGAGAGCAGAGAGCCGAACUUGUGGCUGACUCCGUCUGGCUGGACAUCAAGGCGAAAUGUGUCAACAGUCUAGAUGUAAAUCUAGCAGCCACAGACAAGGCCUACAAACCUAAAGAUAAGCUCCAGCUCUCAGUGAAGACUAAGAGUGAUAGUCUAAGUUCUCUGGUGGCGUUGUCAGCUGUGGAUAUGGCCCUGUACAACCUGCGAUCCAAUGAUAAAGACCCAAUGAACAAGGUGCUUCGACACUUCGAGCACAGUGACCUGGGCUGUGGAGGAGGAGGAGGCCGAAACAACAUUGAUGUCUUCCACCGUGCUGGUCUAACUUUUCUCACCAAUGCUAAUGUCAUGCCCUCCACUGCAGAUGAGGCCUGCACAGCUGCGGUCCGACCCAAGCGCUCCACUCCUUCCUUCGUGGAUUUGUUGAAGGAAAAAGCCCAACAAUACAAGCCAUUUCAUUCAUGGUGCUUGGCUGGAACUGACAAUUUCCCGACUUUGGAGACUUGUCUUCAGCGCACCCAGCGACUGAAAGUGGAAGACAAAAGAUGCAAACGGGCGUUUUUAGAAUGCUGCCUCUUUGCCCAAGACCUUCGCUCAAAAACUGAGGACAGGAUUCAUUCAGAUGAGACCCACAAAACUGUGGUCAGGACAAAACGCUCUACUAUACCACUGAAUGAUCAGUUUAAGCAAAAAGCCGAAAAAUACAAGCCAUUCCAUUUAUGGUGCUUGGCUGGAACUGACAGUUUCCCGACUUUGGAGACUUGUCUUCAACGCACCCAGCGACUGAAAGUGGAAGACAGGCGAUGCAAGCGGGCGUUUUUAGAAUGCUGCCUCUUUGCCCAAGACCUUCGCUCAAAAACUGAGGACAGGAUCAUUCUAAGUCGUUCAGAAGUGGAGUUCCUGGAGGACGUGGCGCCAGUGCAGGUUCGCAGCUACUUUCCAGAAAGCUGGUUGUGGGAGGAGCAUGCAGUUAGCAGGUCUAGAUCACUAAGCAUCACUAAAAGCCUUCCAGAUUCUCUGACCACAUGGGAGAUGAAAGCUGUUGGGGUGUUCAACAAUGGGAUCUGUGUGGCCGACCCUGUGCAGGUGCGGGUGACCCAGGCGCUGAGUGUGGAUGUACCGCUGCCAUACUCCAUGGUGCGUGGGGAACAGAUAGAGCUGAAGGGCUCAGUCUACAAUCAGAACGACAUAGAUACAACAUUCAGUGUAACUCUUCAGGCAGCAGAAGGAGUGUGUGUGUUCCGUGGAACACUGCAGAAUGAAGAUGGAGAUCCGCAUGUAAACAAAGGAAAGAUUAGGGCCCGUUCUGUAGAGACGGUCCGAUUCUUCAUCAUGGCAUUGGAAGUGGGAACUCAUGAACUCAAAUUCACCCUCACGACCACGUCUGCAACAGAGAUACUGGUCAAAAAGCUUAGAGUUGUGCCAGAAGGUAUUAGAAAGGAAACUUGGAUUGGAGGAAGGAUUGAUCCACAAGGUGUUUAUGGGAAAAUUGUGAAUCGGGUUGAGAUUGGAAAUUACAACCCUAAGAACCUGGUGCCAAAGUCAACUGUGGAUCGGGAGCUAACUAUUAACGGUGAGCUGCUGGGGGAGCUGCUGUCGAUCAUUACCGACCCAAAAGGGAUAAUGAAGCUGCUUACUCUGCCCAGAGGCUCAGCGGAGGUGGAGCUCUUAAGUCUUCUUCCAGUAUUUUAUGUGUAUGAUUACCUGGAGAGGGCUGAGGAGUGGGGGCACGUGGGGGAUAUCAGCAGCGCUGGUUUAAAGAGAAAGAUGGAAGAAGGUAUCAUCAGCAUCAUGUCAUUUAAGUCCAAGCGAGAGCACAGUUUCACCUUAUUCAGGAACAAAGAAGCCAGCACAUGGCUGACUGCUCUUAUGGUGAAGACACUGGCUAAAGUGGAUAAAUAUCUCCCGGUAGAUGGUGAUAUGCUAUCCAACACAGUUCGCUGGCUGAUAACACAGUGUCAGAAUCAAGAUGGCUCCUUCAGCGAGAAAUCCAGCUACAAACCAAACAAGCUCAUGGGUACUGGGGCAGACGUCACUGAUCAAGCUGUCUACCUCACCUCAUUUGUGGCAAUUGGGAUAAAAAAUGCCUUAUCAGUCCCCAAGUGCAAUUUGCAGAUAUAUCAAGAUGCGGUGGACAAGGCUGAGCGGUAUCUGACUUUACAUGCUGUAAAAGUGAAAAAUCUAUAUGUAAGAGCCUUAGCAACAUAUGCUCUGAACGUCAUUGACCAAUCCAGCCAGGGUGCAGUAAACAUGUACGAGAAACUUAAAAAAGACUCUCAAGUCAAAGGAAACCCAGUUCUCAUUCGGUUCUGGCAAGAGAAAGAUGCCUCUCAGGAUCCGCUAAAGCCAAACAAGGCCACAGCCGCCACAGUGGAGACCACCGCCUACGCCCUGCUCAGUUGUUUACUCCGAGGAGACAUGAAUUAUGCUCAGCCUGUUGUUAACUGGUUGACCCAGGAUCAGAGAUAUGGCGGAGGCUUCCACUCAACCCAGGAUGCUAUUCUAACACUGGAGGCUCUGACCCAGUACAGAACUGUGGCCCGACAAGCCUUGCUAAACAUGGAAGUUGACGUGUCCUACAGGAGGGCUGGCUUAAUCGGCAGAUUUAGUCUGUCUCAAAAUAGACCUAUAGGAAAACCUAUGGAGUUAGCCCAGGCUGAGGAUAUCAUACUGAAGACAGGGUCCAGUUCUGGAGUGGCAUUUGCUAAUUUGAAAUUGGUGUACUAUGAAACAGUACAAAGCAAUGAGGACUGCCGCUUCGACAUGUCUAUAGACGUUCACUCUCAUAAGCCUGGCUCUGAUGAACCUAUGGAGCGAUCACCACGGAUUGUUGCCUGUGCCAAAUAUAGGAAACCUGAAAAUGAGGUGGAGAUGGAGGCAGGACACACCGUGAUGGAAAUUAAUCUACCCACUGGUUUUACUCUGGUAGUACAAGAUCUGGAAAGGCUUAGGGAUGGACUUGAAAGUCGUAUCUCUGACUUUGAAAUAAAUGGUGGUCAAGUUAUUCUCCAGAUGGAUUCAAUCCCUUCAGAUGAGUUCUACUGCGUUGGCUUCCGAAUUCAGGAAGUGUUUACAACAGGCAUGAACAGCGCUUCUACGUUCAAAGUUUACGAAUUUCACGAUCCAGACAACCAGUGUACAAAGUUUUACCACUUACAGACCCGCAAGCUUCUCCGACUCUGUAAUGGUGCCAACUGUCAGUGCAUGGCAGCUGAAUGUUGUACCUUCAAGCCAAACAUUGAUAGUGCCAUCACUGCCCAACAGAGAAUGCAGCAUGCUUGCAGAGAAGGAAUAAAAUAUGCUUUUAAGGUGAGAGUAACUUCAACUACAGCAGAGGGAGAUUUCCUGACAUAUAACGCAAACGUGGAGCAAAUCCUGAAAAAAGGAUCAGAAGACAUUAGAAUUGGCACAGAGGUUGGCUUAGUCAAGAAAGCAACCUGCUCAACAAACCUGGAGAUUGGAAAGCAUUAUCUGAUAAUGGGUGCAGAGAUCAUGCAGCUUCGAUUGCUUCGCAGUUAUAGGUACAAGUUUCCUCUGGAUUCUCAAGCUUCAGUGGAGUGGUGGCCAUCUGAGUCUGACUGCUCUGAGAGCUCAUGCAGGACUUAUCUUAACAUUUUAAAUGAAUUUGAAUUUGAUUUUUCUUUUACUGGAUGUAGUGGUCGUUAGAGAGCUUCGCUCUACUGAAAAACAGACAGACAGACUACUAUAUUAAUACUGCUUCUUUUUUUUGGCGAGGGGGGGUGUUAUGUUUAUUUUAUGUAUAUUUUUCUCUCAACAGGUGGCUGGUUAAGUGUGCAUAGGAUAAAUGUAGUACGCACCUGAAAUUGUAGUUUACAUGAAAUCACACACAAUAAAAACGAGAAGUUCUGCUUCA